AUGGCGUCUCCGGUGCCAAUUACAUGCCAAAAUAGUGAUAUAUCCAACAAAGGCAUAGGCACGUCGAAUAGUAACAGCAACGGCACGGCCACUUCAAUAUCCUCAACCUGCACUGUCACCUCAGGACAGGUGUCAACUGCCGUGUCGUCAGGGCCCGGGGUGGAGGUGUGCGCAGGCUGCUCCGAGAGAAUAUUGGACAGAUUUUACCUGCUGGCCGUGGAUAAGAAGUGGCACGCAGGGUGCCUGCGAUGUGUCACCUGUAAAAUACCUUUAGACACACCGCGCACUCUCUUCACCAGGGACGGAUUAAUAUUUUGCAAGGAAGACUAUCACAGGAUGUUCGGGAGCGUGAAGUGUGCGCGGUGUUCCCAGCCGUUCAUCGAGGCUCAGAUGGUGAUGCGUGUCAAGGAGCUGGUCUACCACUACGACUGCUUCACCUGCGACAUGUGCAACGCUAGGCUCAAUAAGGGCGACAGAUUUGGCAUAGCGGGCACACUUAUUUACUGCAGUGAACAUUUCCAGGCACCGAACAAUAACGAUGGCGGCCAUAUUUCCCCCGUAAAUAUCCCCCCACAAGGAGGCAUAAGUUACCCUGGGGGGCCCAUGCACCCACCCAUGCUGCAUGGGGGUCCCAUUGGAAUAAAUGGCCCCCCUUUACCCCCUGAAGUUAUAAUGGGGGGUUACCCCAGCCCUGGUCAGCUCACGAAGCUUCAAGUUUUCAACAAUAGCGGCGUCUGCCCUCAAGUUCAUAAAAAUAGGAAUAAGAAACGGAAGCCCAAGGAAGAGCCUAUGGAUACAAACUUGAAUAUACCAGGAGGUAACUACGACAUGGAGAUGGCGUACGGCCCGAUGACGGGGCAGCCUGUGCGUAGUAAGCGUAUACGCACGUCUUUCAAGCACCAUCAGUUGCGCACCAUGCGCUCGUACUUCGACAUCAACCACAACCCUGAUGCUAAGGACCUCAAGGCGCUGUCGCAGAAGACAAAUCUCUCCAAAAGAGUUUUACAGGUAUGGUUCCAGAACGCCCGCGCCAAGUGGAGGAGGCAGGUGAGCAACAAGGACCCAAAGGCCCUGCAGGGACCGGCCGGGGACGGGGGCGUCGAGACCGCCGCCAUGACGUCGGACUCUCAAGGGGACAUUUCUGACGGAGGCGGUCCCGGGGGACCAGGCUCAGAUUACGGUCCCGCAACACCCAUGUCGAACAGCGGGGCCCAGGCCAUGAGUCCCUGUGACGACGAUGAGUCCAGGCAGAGCUGCGAUCAGGGCUCAGGAGGAGGGCUUGAGAGCAUCUUCUGACGCCAGCUUAACAGGCCUCGAGGCGCCAAUGAUAAGAAAUCGGCUUCUCGUGGUCUGGGCAAAAGCGCCGACACCGACGAUGAUGACGACUGCGGCGACGAGACAAUUGGCGACGACACCUACGAAGACUACAGCUUCGACGAGGACGAAACCAAAGAAGGCAUCGUCCAGAAAAAUGUCGAGAGCGACAGCGGCUCAGAUAAAAGUAACAGCAAAAAAGAUUCACUGAAAACUGAGCCUAAACCUGCGAAAAUGAAAUUAGAAAGUAUACCUGAAGUAAGCGACGUGACAAUUAAGAAAGAAAGUGAAGAUAAAUGUGAUAAUCUUAUUAAGUUAGAGCCAUGCAAGAACGAGCCGACGUACAUGAGCAUGCCGAGCGUGUCGGCCAUGGAGCUGUCGGGCGCGGCUUCUCUCGGUCAUGACGAGUUGGAGCGCCGCUCGUCGCUUAGUCGUCUUACGUCGUUCGCGUCAUCGUCUUUCAACAGUUCGUUGCCGUCCCAGUAUGCCUUCCCUACAUCGUCCACAGCACCAAUGGGCCCUGGGUUCCCCUCGAGUGCGGGGUUCCAUCCUCAGGGUUUCGGUCCUUCCCCAAACAUGAUUCCUAUUCCCCCAAAUAUUUAUAAUCCAUCUUGGAGGGAACAUAUGUGAGAAACGCGGAGUGAUAACUAAUAAGCGUUGUACAAAGUGUAUAGUUAAAAUUAACUAGUUAAAAAUUAACUCAUUACAGUGCAAUGGCACUGUAUAAUCCGCUUAAGCGGUUCGAAUGUUGGAGAUAAACAGAUUAUUGAAUUAUGAAUUAUAAUGCAUUAAAACAUCUCUGUUAAACACAACUUAUGGAACUAUGUGUUUGCCAAAAUUAAUGGUAUGCCAAAUAUGUAUGACGGUUUGUUGAACAUUCAAAUUUCUACGCCAAACUACUACAAUUCAGUGACGAGACGCCUGAGCUUGUGACCAUGCAGAACCUAUCGACUGUCGGCGCUCAAUCUUGUAUAUUGCGGAAGCGGGAAAAAAUAAUUAUCGUGAAGUGUGUGAUUAUGAAGUGUCUAACAUGGUCUUGCGAUGUAAACGAACCGUGAUAAUUUAUUCAGGGAGAUAAAUUAUUAGUUGUUAUGGUUCUGCAUAAAAUGAGAAAUUCAUUUAUUUCUGAGAGCUAACUUUGAGCAAAUGAAAUUGCGGGAAAUAAAUACCGAAUGUUAGUUCUGAAUCAAACCAUAAACGAUACAACCUGUAUACAAAAUAUGUAAAUAGUUAAGCUGUAUAUUGUAUAAACCCCAUUGUACAUUCUCAUGAAUCGCUGUAUAUUAUGCCUUAAGGCAAAAGUUGUCAGGGUAGAGCGUGAAUUUUUUUUUAUUACACAAUGUUAUGUCAUUUUCGUCAAGUAUGUACAUGGUUAAAUGGGUUCCCGAAGUUCUACCCUGCUCGGCAGCAUCGAUAAUUAAUAAUUUUAUGUAAAAUGUAUACGAAAUAUACCGAACUGCAAGGUUAUGGAAGAAGUUUUGCGUAUCAAAAUUUUGAAAACCCACCAAAAACUGUAGUGCAACGAUGGAGGAAAUAUGUCUACUAUUAUAUACGCUGGAAUAGCAGACUUUACUUUCCGAUCACGCGCUAGUGAUGCGGUGGAUUGAGGAUCAAUGUUAUCUUAGAUACCAUCAUUUUUUUUCAGCAGUAUCGCUAAAAUAAUGAUAAUUUUACGCAAUUACUUACUAGCAUUCCAGCGCUCGAAAUUGUCUUCUGAAACUAUUGCAUUUUGAUACAGAGACUUGGCAAUUAUUUUCAACAAACAUACCCUCAUGAAAUUAUUUAUUCAUUGCACCA